AUGUUGAGCCAGAAAGGUACAUUUAGCUCUUAACCUUUUUUCGGAAGUUUAUUUAAAUAUAAUAACUGUUGUAAUUUUUUUAAUUAUCAUUUUUUCGCAUACCGUAGGUUUCAAUCUAUUUAUUGAAAAGAUAAUUUCCGAAACAAUAUGUCAAUUACCUAAUAUCUGACUUAUCUAUGUAUGUGAUGAGUGCUACUAAUUAUUAGAUACAUCAUUUACAAUAUUAGGUACCUUGAAAUGUUUUGUAGGUCCAAUUUAGUCACAAGGUAAUAAUAAUCAUUAUAUAAUAUAGUCUUUCUUACAUAGGGUUUGCAUGCCUAUACCUUUUAUUUAUGGUAUGACACAUUUUAUCAUUUGAAUUGAUGUUUAUAGGUUAGAGUGAUAAGAUUCCCUUUUCAAAGUACAGGGGGUUACAGCAAAGAUGUCGAACAUGCCAUAUCCAUGCUUAUGUCACAUGUUCAAAAUAACAAGGUGGGUUCCAUCAUUUGGUUCUUAAUUAAUUGGCCAAAGUGAAAAUAUGAAACUUUCUCUAUAAAAAUUGGAAAACCUGACAAACUAACACCGGGUAACAUUGCUGUUUGCAGUUUUGUUUUAUCAUGUCUGAUUGGCUUUUCCCAUAAGAUACACCAUAAUGUACCAUAAGUAUUUCUGGUGUGAGUUUCACAGCAAGAUCUUCAGUCUUGAAUUUUUUUCCGGGUGAUAUAAUAUGUACGUUCAGCAAUAGUUAGUACUACUUAAUAAUUGUUGAAACUACUUAGAAUAAGGUUAAGUUUAGGACCAUAAUAUUUUCUUUGAUGAGACAGUGAGUCAUGAUCAUGAGGGUAUAGUAUAAGACUAGGACCAGAGUUUCGAAGAAAGAAAUACUCAUAAUUAUUGUAAUAUUCAGGGUAAUGGUUGUUCAAAAUGUCAAAGUCACCACACCACUCACAUUAACAGACUAAAAUUGAGAGGCUUAACCCAUUCGCUCUUAGAGAUUUUGCCGAAAAACGCGUUUUGAAGCUAGUCGAGUGGUUUUCUGGUCACUGUCGUGCUAUAAAGAGCUAAAACUUACCACAAACUGGUUUACAGGUCGAACACUUCGCGGUCUUCCGAUCCAGAUGCAAAAUAUCAGCUUGCGAAGUUCGGGCAUGCGCAGAAAGCAAAAUUUCGACAUAGUUUUUGGGUUUAAAAGUGACACAGCAGUCUUGACUUUUACUUUUCGCUUUCUCUCCUCCCUUCUUUUUUUGCUUUUCUUGCCUCAUUUUUUUUUUCUCUUGCUGGGCAUUUAGUAGGCUUGAUUUUGGUGGGAAGAGUUUUUAGGAAAGCUUUUAGGAUCUUAGGAUUAGGCGAAAGGAAAGGUAGGUGGGUAAUGGGACAAGAUUUUCAUGGAGAUUUUCAGGUCAAUGUCACGUGGUUUUUUGCUUGUUUCUCCGGUGUCCUUGACUGAAUUGUGCUCAUUCUGGUAUGGUUUGAAAGAUCUCUUCACUCUGCACAAGUUAGUGAAGAAAGUUGUCCUUGACCGUUAAAACUGAUGACGUCACAAUGGGUAGAAAGGACCUGGAUCCGCACGGGCGGUUACGGGCGGUUCAGGGGCGAAUGGGUUAAUCAAAAAACCUAAAAAUGGCCUUUUACCAACUUUUUCACCUGAUUUGACAUGAAAUAGACAGAUUUGGUUGUUUUAUGCUGAAAAGUGGAUUUUUUUCAAAAAGCUUGGUCCUUUGCUUAACCCAUUCGCUCCUAGAGAUUUUGCCGAAAAACGCGUUUUGAAGCUAGUCGAGUGGUUUUCUGGUCACUGUCGUGCUAUAAAGAGCUAAAACUUACCACAAACUGGUUUACAGGUCGAACACUUCGCGGUCUUCCGAUCCAGAUGCAAAAUAUCAGCUUGCGAAGUUCGGGCAUGCGCAGAAAGCAAAAUUUCGACAUAGUUUUUGGGUUUAAAAGUGACACAGCAGUCUUGACUUUUACUUUUCGCUUUCUCUCCUCCCUUCUUUUUUUGCUUUUCUUGCCUCAUUUUUUUUUUUCUCUUGCUGGGCAUUUAGUAGGCUUGAUUUUGGUGGGAAGAGUUUUUAGGAAAGCUUUUAGGAUCUUAGGAUUAAGGACCUGGAUCCGCACGGGCGGUUACGGGCGGUUCAGGGGCGAAUGGGUUAAAUAUUAUUGCUAAAUAAAUAUACACAGCACUUUGCUAUACACCACAUUUUUUUUAGAGGGUGCAACGAUCAGAAAAUUUCCAAUUGUGUCAUGUGAUCAUAAUUUUUUCUUCCUGACUCUGAGAAUAACUAGAAGUGAGUUAAUUGCUAAUGGGAACAUUUAAUAACAUAAUGCCAUUUCAGGGACUGUUAACGUUGUGGGCAGUGCGGAACGAUAGUCUAUUCGAAGCAGCAGUAGAGCACAACAUAGUCUCUGGAGUGUCAGCUAUACUGUCAGAGGCACUCCCUGACUACCAGCCAAGGUGGUUAAAAGGAGUUGCCGGUGUGAUAGUCACACAAGUUAUUGUAAGUUGUUUUUAGUUGACAGAAGAUGGACAUAACCAAUGUGCAAAAGCUACAGUUUAGUAUGUUUAGAAUUUAAUGGAUUAAGUAAGGUAAAGAUUCAUAUAUCAUUGUUUCUUUCUUCCUAGCUUUUCCUCACAACAAGACAUCCAAUCACGCUGUUGGAAAUAAUUCAGCAACAUGUGUCAUUUCAAGACACACUUAAGAGUUUUUUAACACCCCUACAGAAAGUCCAACUGGCCAUCUAUUCGGACAUUAAGGCCAACCCAUCAAAAAGCAUGGUAGGCAACCAGCUGUAUUUUAACCUUUUAAGCCCCAAUAUCCAAAUACAAAUUCUCCAAACUGAUCUCCAUACAUCUCCUUUAAGAAUUAGUUGAGAGAAUUUGAUAAAAGAUCAUGGAAUUUUCUCUAUGAUGAUAAUUUUAAUAAUUCUCAUAUCUUUAUCUCUUGACAGUGUAUGGAUAUUGUUAGGAGAAAAUUGUUGUUGGUCACUAUUGGGAAUUAAAGGGUUAAGACCUCUACUCAUGCAGAGGUUAUCUUACGUAGAAAAAAAAUUUUAUUGAAACCUAUUCACAUGCAAUUUAAUAUUUCUUCAAUGGGAAUAUAACAGGGAAUAAGUGUUUGAUGUCUGUCUAUAUGAUUUAGAAUACAGUUGAACCUCCCAUAAUAUUUAAGCAACCACUUCAAGGAUUUUUAAAAGUGAUUGUCUCUUAGAGCUGGUCACUUACAAGAGUUGGCACUGAUCAAUUAUCCUGCCUUUGUUAAAAGUGAUCUUCCUUUUUAAUUCAUUGAAAUUGGCACAAUUCUUCUACAUAAAACAAAGGAUGGUUUACAUUGUGUAUUACAAAUACAUAAGUUGUUACAUGUGACAUGUUUGAAUCAUUUCAAUUUCUUAUCAUAUUCUUUCUUUCAAAUUUAGGUCCUUUCCUGGCUUCAUCCAUCUGUGAAUGUGAACACUCAAAGUGGCGGAGGAAAAAGUUUUGUGCCUGGAAUUGGCAUCAGGGCCAAAACUACGGAUCGGUGGGCAGAUGUCUCAAGACAAGUAUGAUACUAGACAGAAAAGGAAAUCUACAAUUUUAGAAACAAACAGUUUUGUUUUAGAUGCGGGAAUUGUUAUUGUAUUUCAGUGUUUAUAGCAGUGUCAGUAUACCAACAGUCAACCAACAGACUUCUAGGGGAGCUCUUCUUCACUUUCACAGGAAAAAAUAACGGAUUCCCAUUUUUGGAUAUUUUAGGGUAUUUAACUAAUGCCCAUAAAAAUCCCAAAUUUGGCAAAGUGAGACAAGUCCCAACCAGGGAAUUCCCAACCAAGUUCCCUGAUUGGGACUUGUCUCACUCUUCCAAAUUUGAGAUUUUUGUGGGUAUUCUUUAAAUACCCUAAAAUAUCCAAAAAUGGGAAUCCGUUAUUUUUUCCUGUGUUUUACUCUAUAUAUGUAAUUUCUUAAUAGGCUAUGCGCAGUUAGCAGUGUGCAAUCAAUGUAAUUAUCCAUAUCUCCACAAAGAUAAUAAGUUAAUGAUAAUGAUCGAAACAUGUACAUACUUCAAUCUUUGUGCCCUACAUAGGAACUUUCAACUGAGGCAGAGAAGUAUGGUGUAUCUUGCGUGAAUGUGGCAAUUGCCUUUGGAAAUGGGAGUGAAUGCUCAACCAGUGACCUUACAAAAAGGUCACCAAAGAGUGAAAUGAAGAAAGGGAUCAAGCUUCCAAAGAGGGAACUCAAUAAUAGCUUAGUGGCUCUGAUAGAUGCAGGUUAGAGCAAAUUUUUACUAAUGAUAAUUGAAUUCACUCCAAAAUGUUUGUGCAAUAUACACAGUUGAUGGGUAAUGAAACUGUAUAGCGUAAAGUUGAAAGAAGAGAGGGGUGAUUAUGGAAUCUCCUUUUGGGUGUCUAAUAACUUGAGCUUUUAAACAAAGGGAACGUCUCAAUCGUAACCCAAGAAAGUGUAUAUGGCCUUAUGUCUCAUUAUGGACAUGCAUACAGCUAUUUCGAUAACGCUUGUCAGAAAACAUGUGCCUGCAACAAUCCCGAAAGGUAACAUGGGAUAUGGUCAUUUAUUAUAUGCUGGUCCUGACACUGUAGCUGUCGAAUCUUUUAUUGUUGAUUUACUUUAGCACUCGCAAACAUAUGUCCAUGAUUUCUUUGAUGAACAGCGAACUCAAAAACCAUCCACAGUACCUGUCCGGAUUGUCGCGUGCACUUUGCCGACAACCUUUCUCGAAAUAGCUGUACAUAUACAUGUACAGAGUGUACAUGGGACUUUAAAUGGGGUUAAUUUGUUCAGAGACACUCACGAGUUAAACUGCAUCUGCUUAUACAUUUAUGAGCUUCUGCUGUAUUCCAUUUUGUUGACAAUUAUUGCUAUUCCACAAUAUCCUAUCAAUUGAAAUCUUAUUUAUAGUGACAGGAAAUGGAGGCAAUGAGGAAGAUGUUCAAGACUUUCUUAAUGGAACCUUAAUUCAAGAUGAAAUUACUGGCUCCAAUAGUACUGCCCAGGUACUCAGUGUCAAAUUAAGGGACAGCAUCAACCAGCUUUCUGGCAGCCAAGCUCGAGAAACUUGUGGAAGGUUAGCUAAUAAAUAGUAGAUUUGCAAGUUAUUAAACGUUUGUUCCCUGACCUAAAUGUUAUGCCAAUUAAGUGUAAAUCCGAGUGAGUAAAUAAGUCCGGUGGUGAUGUACUGGUAAUAUAAUGGAAAAGGAGAUGAUCUGCACAUAACAAAUUAGAUCAUUGCCCAAAUUAAUGUCUUGUAAAUCUUACCUGUGAUCAUACAUUAUGUGUGGUACCUAAUGGUUUGAUGUAAGAUUGUUAUUGUUUUGCAGAGGGGAGUGAUGGAGAAGUCUUUACAACUCCUCAAGAGACCCCAGAGGCAAGUCUUAAUUGUAAUGUUGGCCAGGGGUAUUAAUCAUACCUUCAAUUUGAUCGCAAUGAAAAGAUCUUUAAGUUGUAUGAUAAUAGCUGCAGGCUUUGGAUGUUAAUACACAAGUUUCUAUUAAUUUAAAAAAUAUGUAGAUCAUGGAGACACUGGAGGCAAUGACUCCGAAUUCUAAACGAACGACAGAGCAGUACACUCCAAAGAGCAGAAAAGUUUUCAUACAGGUACUUUAAAAUAGACUUUACAUUCUUCUUUGCUAAUUUAAAUUACUUGUCAAGCAUAGCACUAAAAUGCAGCUCAAAAAGAGUAAGAGAAUUAGGACCUGCUUUGGAUGUCCUUGAAGCUAAGCCCAUGCAUUGUCACCCUAAAAUGCAUUGUGAGAAUUUUCUGUAGUUAAAAAUUGCCAUUUGAGAAUUGAAAGCCAAUCAGAACAAUGCAUUCAACAGAUGAAUUUUUCCCCAACAAAGGGACAAUCAACCAAAACCACUUGGGUGAACAUGGGCCUUUAACUUAAUAAUAUUGAAUUUAAGUGAUUUCACUGUUUUGCUAGAUGUCUUUCUGGUGAUGUAAAACACCAGUUAUACAAAUUUGGAAAUCCACUAAGUGUAGCUACUUUGAAACAAUGAUUUAUUCAAAUAUGUAAUUAACAAUUUUUCCUCGAGCCCGACUGGGCUCUGAGGCAAUAGCUAUUGACUCAUAGGCCAUGAGGGCGAGGGAAAUAAAAUAAUGUUUUAGUAAAAUCCAACUAGUUGGCCAAAAAUAUUGAGACAAAACAACUUUAGCUAGUUAAAGCUAGACUUUGAAGCCAUCGUUUUAGCUUUCAAACCCGUUGCUUUUUGCUACUAGUGGGCCAUGACACAUAGGCAGCCUAGUAGUAGCUCAACCAAUCAGAUUGCAGCAUUGAUAAUAGGCCACUAGUCAGAUUUUAGUAAUAAAAAAUAGACAUGUUCCACACAUUUCAUUUGAAGGGAUAUAAGCUUGGAGUGUCAAAAAGGCUAGCUUUACACGUAGAGGAAGAAGAUGGAAAAGAAGGUAAAUGUGAUCACCGUAUGUCAAUAUUGUAAACUUCCUCUCAUGUAUAACUUCUGUCCUGUUAUUAACAGCUUGCAACGUGAUGUGGCAAAAUCAAUCAUCAUUAUUAAUUAAUAUAUUUCUAACAUAUAACCAACUCUUCAGACUUCCCGGUGAUAUGGAAUAAUAUUGAAGUACUGUCAGUAGCUGCAUGAAUAUCACUUUAAAUAUUUUGUUAUGAAACUCUCAAUAAUAAUGAGGGGUUUCUUAACAAAAGACAAAAUAAUAGGACUUAAAGGAGCUUAAUUGGGUUUCCCGACCUUAACAGCCCUUGUAAUAGCCUGCAAAAGCAUUGGAUUCCGGGUUUUUCAGAUGGAGAUCUAUAAGCGAUGACCAGAAAUAGUCUGCGGUUCCAGGCUACCCUAAUUAGUACUGGAACAACUGGCAGCCAAACUCACACAAUUUGAACCUCAGUAUCAAAAUUUAUGUGAUAUUUGUGAGAUCGAACAUUGAUUAUUCUUUGCUUCCCUUUUUAUCUACAAACUUGUGAAGCUGGCAGCAUAAUGUUCUAAUUCCAGAAAUUACUUAGGAACAUGGUCAAUGAUUGUAUUCUUGUUAAUGCACUACAAACAUUAUGACUGUGUUUGGCUUUGCAGGUGAUAUUUCUUCUGUAAAUUCUGGUGUUUCCAGUGACAAACCUGGCACCUCAAGUGUCAAUGGGACCAUUGGAAUUUUUCCAAAGGAGCAGAAAGGUGAAAUGCAAUUUACAUACCAGCGACAUACAGCACAGGGGCACAGUCACCAUAUACAUAUGAUAUUUUAUGUGCAAACCCUUUGAAAGCACAAAAAAAAAGUGGUUUAAAAGUAUCUUAAGUGGAAAAAAGCAUUUUCGAUAAUUACAUUUAUUUUGACAAGUAUGACAUAGAGUGAAAAGCCCUCAAUCACACAAUCCCUGACAUUUACCCAGUGAGAUAAGGCUGUUAAUGUAUCCUGGAUCAACCUUUGCUGCAGUAAGUAGUUUUAGCCCCCAGACCCCCCAGGCUUGCAUCGUUAGCACUCAAUGAAAUUUUUUAAGGUGCAUACUCCAUGAUAAAUACACACUACACCUCUACAGAGGUGUUUAAGUGGACAGAGUAUUCCUGACACCACUGUCACCUCAUCAAAAUUUUUUGUUUUUGAGGUUCUAAUAGGGUAUUUUUGUUUAAUGUCACCUGUCAGAAUAUGUUGACCAUGUUUUAGUUUUAUGGUGCUGACUUUUUCUGGAAUUCUGGUAUUUUUUUGAGUUUCCAUUUGAUUUUACGUGCAUCUCUAUCUUGUUGUAAAAGGCAAUACCUAAGAAAAUAGACUGAAAUGUAUAAAAGAAAUAUUUAUUAUUUAUCGAUACAAGCUUGGAUAUUCUCUGAGAACCCAAUCAAAGUUUGGAAUUCAGGAUACCCAAGAUUAAUAAUUUUUAUUAAUGCGAAGAUCAGAUUACUAGUUGCCCAUGUAAAGGCAAGAGUUAAUGUCCAUGGUCACUGCUUAAGUGCACCACUAUGAUAAUAAUACUGUUAUGUGUAUGUAGCAGGUACAGAUGAUGAUAAAUGCUACAUGUGCCAGGACACCUCGCCACCCACUGCACGUAAAGGAAAAGGCAAAAUUGAUUGGAUACAAUGCACAGAAUGCCAGCACUGGUUCCACAUGUAAGUAUUUACACUGCAACAUUUCAAAACAAAGGAAAAGAAUUGAAAAACUGGAAAGCUUCUGUGACAUUUUCUCACCCAAAAGUGAACGGUUUGAACAUUUCCAAAAAAAUUGGAAAUCACAUUUUUAAAGUUUUGACAGAGGCGUGAACAGUACCAUUUUAAGACUGAUUUAUCCCAGAAAUAAAUAUAAAAGUUUUAUAUUUUUCCUUUCUAGUUAACAGCAGCUCUCGGCAAUAUGUUACAGUACUUUGUUUUUUAAUUUAUGUACCCCACUACCCUCAUGUGAGCAUUGUUGGCAUAGGAGCAAUGUGAAAUAAGGAUUUACUGUAUUUAGGUAUACCUUGCAGUAACAAUUUACUUUAGGCCAUUGUUUUCUAAGUAACUGUCCUAAUGACUUGAAAUACGAGGACAUCUACUUUUUAUGGGUAUAAAACAGUUAACAUUAUAAGAGCCACACACAGACAGUACUUAUUGCCAGCUUAAAAGUGAUUUUUUUUUUUUAUUCCAGGGUAUGUGUAGGUGUUAAAAGAGCACCACGUGCUGACUGGUUUUGCACCACAUGUGCAUCGACACGUCCAGUGCAAUAAUUCAAUAUUACUUUCGUGUCCAACAAGUAAUUGAAAAAUAAAUACUUGCUUACUGAGUUGCAUUAAGUUGUGGGUGUUUUAAUUCAAAGUGCAC